AUGGUCCACCAAAAUUGGAUUAUUCUACACAUAGCUUGGAAUUGUGAUUGGUAUGAUGGACAAAUCGUCAGGUAAGAAUAAUUUACAAAUAUUUUGCUCUAAAAUUAGAAAAUGCCAAUAAUUUUGGCCCCAAAAUUUGCGUCUACAGUAACCCAUUUUGCCCGAAAAAAAAAUUAAAAACUUGAAAUUCUGAAAUAUCCAAUUUGAAAAUGAUAAAACAUUUAUUUUUCUCGAAAACCCUGGAAAAUCAUUGAUUUUAUCAGUUACAAAUUGAAAUUUCAGUUGAGAUGCGGAAGCUAUGCCCAAAUUUUGAAUUUUUAACACACCUCGGCCAAAAACGUGGUUUCCACAAUAAAAAAUUGUACUCCAACUUUUUACAGUACAAAAAUUGUGCAUUUUUCAUUUUUUGUCCUCUAAAAAUUGUGAUUUUUCAAUUUUUGACCUCUAAAAACUGAAAUUCAGAUUUUUCAAAAAAAUGUACUCUGGCCAGCCACGGCUUGGCCAUCAGCAUUUCUAAAAGAAAAAACAAAAUUGAAUUAUUCAAAAAAUCCCACGUAAAACGUGACCCAAUUUUGAAUUCCCUAUUUAUUAUCUCUCACAAUCAGAUUAUUUUCCAUUUAUAGGAACACCAAAAAUGGCAGAAAUUAUCUAUUUGUGAGUUUUCUUAGAUGCUACCGUAGUUUGGAAUGAGCCCAAUUCUCAAGAUUUUCCGAGAAAAAAUGGUAGAUCAAAAUUAGUUUUUUCAAAAGUUUAUCAGCCAAAAUGAUGACAAAUCGAGAUUUUCAACAAUUUGAAGCUUCUAUGGGUUUUCUGAUGAAAAUUGGCCUUGGAAUUCAGUUUUCAGAUGUUUGUUUUCAGACUUUUGCUCCAUGAAGUUCGAUUUGUCAUCAUUUUUGAGUGAAAAACACGAGAAACUAAUUUUGAUCUACCAUGUUUUCUCGAAAUGUUUUUAUUAUUUGUGUGUAUUGAUUUUUCGAGCUUUGGUGGAGAAAACAUUUUUUCAUUUUUUAUUCACUAUUUUUCUCAAAAAUUUAUAUUUUUUCAGGAUUUCGAAUCAAUUUGCCGUGACAAGGAUGCUCAGAUUCGGUCAAUUAUCAUUUGUGGAAGGUGAGUGCGAUCUUCUCCAGCAAAAUUAUGGAAAAAAAAAACAAUUCAAUUGAAGUUCUGGAAUAUCCUGUUUGAAACUGCUAAAACGUUUAUUUUUCUCGAUUUUCUUUGUGAAAAUCUUGAAAAAUGAUUGAUUUUAUCAGUUUGAAAUUGGAUAUUUCAGUGGAGAUGCGGAAGCUAUGCCCAAAUUUUGAAUUUUUAGUCUGGCUAGCAGUUUUAUUUUUUUCAAAUUCUCAGCACAAAAAUCUGAGCUUCAAAAGGUUUCCACGUGAAAAAUAUGGGUGUUGUAGGUGAAUUUUGGCAACAAAUUGUUCCUUAAAAUUCAGAACAAUAAUUCUGAAAAAAAAUGACUUUCUACGUGGCAUUUUCAGCGGAAAAAAUUGUUUAAAUUUACGAGAAAUUCUAGAGAACGAAUAUUAUUAUUUUUACGUGACGUGACACGUCAUUGCAUUUUCACAAAAUUUGUGUUUCUCAAGGAAAUCAUUUUCUCGUUCUCGUGAAUUGAUCGUAAAUCGGAAUUAUCUUGACGAAGGAAAAGAUGAUUCAAAAUUUUCAAUUUUUAUAUUUUCAGAAUCGGUUCAAGAUUGUCAAAGAAUUGGUCAAAAAUCAGUCGAACAAUUUUUGGAGGAAAAGAAAGAUAAGUUUAAUUUUGGGGAAUUUAUCCAAAUUUUGAUGCACUUUUUUGAAAAUCAAUUCCUAAACCAGCACCCAAAUUACAAAAUGGAAAAUGUGCGUUACUUUCUGAGCAAGUACGUUUACCAGUUGUUGAAACCCGCAACUAUUCAAUAUCAUUUCGAUGAUUUUGAGUAGGGAUUUGUCAAAGAAUCCUUUUGGAUAACCGAAAGCUGUAGGAAAGUAACAGUUAUCACGGGUUUUGUACAUUUCCAUGGAAGUUUUUUGGGCGGCGAAGUUUUGAAUUGAGAAAUUUAAUUGGGAAUUUUUGGAGGGAAAUUUGGGAAACAUAAAAGCUGGUUCAAAAUUUGAUUAAAUUUCAGCAAAGAUUCAAUCAUUUGGGGAAUUCGAGAAGACAAUUUGAAGUUUUGGUGAGUGAUUACUUAAAAUUCCGAAUUUCUAAGAUUCUUGAAUUUUUGAACAGACAAGUAUUUAUAAAACAAGGUUUAAUAAAAUGACCAUUUUCUAUGAGUAAGCUAUGCCCAAAUUUUGAAUUUUUAAUCAAAAACUUAUAUUUUUAAUUCAAUUUUUUAUUCCAGGGCACCAAUCGAUCAAAACGGCACCCAUUGGAAAAUCGAAGUAUUGGAUUUGGUAAGUAUUUUUUAUAAAAAAAAAAGAGAACUUCUGAAAUAUCCAAAAAGAAACUAAUAAAAUUUAGAAUUUUCUUUUUUUUUUAAUUAGAAAAUCUUGAAAAUUCUGGAUUUUAUUAGUUAUUUUUUGGAAUUUCAGCGGAGAUGCGGAAGCUAUGCCCAAAUUUUGAAUUUUUAUAGAAAAACUUGUAUUUUUAAUUACAAAAUUCAAUUUUUUAUUCCAGGCUGGCAAUCAACAAAACGGCCCCCCAUUGGACAAUCGAAGUAUUGGAUUUGGUAAGUAUUUUUUAUAAAAAAAAAGAGAACUUCUGAAAUAUCCAAAAAGAAACUAAUAAAAUUUAGAAUUUUCUCGAUUUUCUUUUUUUUCAAUUAGAAAAUCUUGAAAAUUCUGGAUUUUAUUAGUUAUUUUUUGGAAUUUCAGCGGAGAUGCGGAAGCUAUGCCCAAAUUUUGAAUUUUUAUAGAAAAACUUAUAUUUUUAAUUACAAAAUUCAAUUUUUUAUUCCAGGCUGCCAAACAACAACUGCGCCCCAUUGGAAAAUCGAAGUAUUGGAUUUGGUAAGUAUUUUUUAUAAAAAAAAAGAGAACUUCUGGAAUAUCCAAAAAGAAACUAAUAAAAUUUAGAAUUUUCUUGAUUUUCUUUUUUUUAAUUAGAAAAUCAUGAAAACUCUGGAUUUUAUUAGUUAUUUUUUGGAAUUUCAGCGGAGAUGCGGAAGCUAUGCCCAAAUUUUGAAUUUUUAUAGAAAAACUUAUAUUUUUAAUUACAAAAUUCAAUUUUUUAUUCCAGGCUGCCAAUCAACAAUACGGCCCCAUUGGACAAAUCACAUUGGCGAUUUGGUAAGUAUUUAUUAUAAAAUGAAAGAGAAUUUCUGGAAUAUCCAAAAAGAAACUAGUAAAAUUUAGAAUUUUCUCGAUUUUCUUUUUUUCAAUUAGAAAAUCUUGAAAAUUCUGGAUUUUAUUAGUUAUUUUUUGGAAUUUCAGCGGAGAUGCGGAAGCUAUGCCCAAAUUUUGAAUUUUUAUAGAAAAACUUAUAUUUUUAAUUACAAAAUUCAAUUUUUUAUUCCAGGCUGGCAAUCAACAAAACGGCACCCAUUGGAAAAUCGAAGUAUUGGAUUUGGUAAGUAUUUUUUAUAAAAAAAGAGAACUUCUGAAAUAUCCAAAAAGAAACUAAUAAAAUUUAGAAUUUUCUCGAUUUUCUUUUUUUUUCAAUUAGAAAAUCUUGAAAAUUCUGGAUUUUAUUAGUUAUUUUUUGGAAUUUCAGCGGAGAUGCGGAAGCUAUGCCCAAAUUUUGAAUUUUUAUAGAAAAACUUAUAUUUUUAAUUACAAAAUUCAAUUUUUUAUUCCAGGCUGCCAAACAACAACUGCGCCCCCAUUGGAAAAUCGAAGUAUUGGAUUUGGUAAGUAUUUUUUAUAAAAAAAAAGAGAACUUCUGGAAUAUCCAAAAAGAAACUAAUAAAAUUUAGAAUUUUCUUGAUUUUCUUUUUUUUAAUUAGAAAAUCAUGAAAACUCUGGAUUUUAUUAGUUAUUUUUUGGAAUUUCAGCGGAGAUGCGGAAGCUAUGCCCAAAUUUUGAAUUUUUAUAGAAAAACUUAUAUUUUUAAUUACAAAAUUCAAUUUUUUAUUCCAGGCUGCCAAUCAACAAUACGGCCCCAUUGGACAAAUCACAUUGGCGAUUUGGUAAGUAUUUAUUAUAAAAUGAAAGAGAAUUUCUGGAAUAUCCAAAAAGAAACUAGUAAAAUUUAGAAUUUUCUCGAUUUUCUUUUUUUUCAAUUAGAAAAUCUUGAAAAUUCUGGAUUUUAUUAGUUAUUUUUUGGAAUUUCAGCGGAGAUGCGGAAGCUAUGCCCAAAUUUUGAAUUUUUAUAGAAAAACUUAUAUUUUUAAUUACAAAAUUCAAUUUUUUAUUCCAGGCUGGCAAUCAACAAAACGGCACCCAUUGGAAAAUCGAAGUAUUGGAUUUGGUAAGUAUUUAUUAUAAAAUAAAAGAGAAUUUCUGGAAUAUCCAAAAAGAAACUAGUAAAACUUAGAAUUUUCUCGAUUUUCUUUUUUUUUCAAUUAGAAAAUCUUGAAAAUUCUGGAUUUUAUUAGUUAUUUUUUGGAAUUUCAGCGGAGAUGCGGAAGCUAUGCCCAAAUUUUGAAUUUUUAUAGAAAAACUUAUAUUUUUAAUUACAAAAUUCAAUUUUUUAUUCCAGGCUGGCAAUCAACAAAACGGCACCCAUUGGAAAAUCGAAGUAUUGGAUUUGGUAAGUAUUUUUUAUAAAAAAAAGAGAACUUCUGAAAUAUCCAAAAAGAAACUAAUAAAAUUUAGAAUUUUCUCGAUUUUCUUUUUUUUCAAUUAGAAAAUCUUGAAAAUUCUGGAUUUUAUUAGUUAUUUUUUGGAAUUUCAGCGGAGAUGCGGAAGCUAUGCCCAAAUUUUGAAUUUUUAUAGAAAAACUUAUAUUUUUAAUUACAAAAUUCAAUUUUUUAUUCCAGGCUGCCAAACAACAACUGCGCCCCAUUGGAAAAUCGAAGUAUUGGAUUUGGUAAGUAUUUUUUAUAAAAAAAAAGAGAACUUCUGGAAUAUCCAAAAAGAAACUAAUAAAAUUUAGAAUUUUCUUGAUUUUCUUUUUUUUUAAUUAGAAAAUCAUGAAAACUCUGGAUUUUAUUAGUUAUUUUUUGGAAUUUCAGCGGAGAUGCGGAAGCUAUGCCCAAAUUUUGAAUUUUUAUAGAAAAACUUAUAUUUUUAAUUACAAAAUUCAAUUUUUUAUUCCAGGCUGCCAAUCAACAAUACGGCCCCAUUGGACAAAUCACAUUGGCGAUUUGGUAAGUAUUUAUUAUAAAAUGAAAGAGAAUUUCUGGAAUAUCCAAAAAGAAACUAGUAAAAUUUAGAAUUUUCUCGAUUUUCUUUUUUUUCAAUUAGAAAAUCUUGAAAAUUCUGGAUUUUAUUAGUUAUUUUUUGGAAUUUCAGCGGAGAUGCGGAAGCUAUGCCCAAAUUUUGAAUUUUUAUAGAAAAACUUAUAUUUUUAAUUACAAAAUUCAAUUUUUUAUUCCAGGCUGGCAAUCAACAAAACGGCACCCAUUGGAAAAUCGAAGUAUUGGAUUUGGUAAGUAUUUUUUAUAAAAAAAAAGAGAACUUCUGAAAUAUCCAAAAAGAAACUAAUAAAAUUUAGAAUUUUCUCGAUUUUCUUUUUUUCAAUUAGAAAAUCUUGAAAAUUCUGGAUUUUAUUAGUUAUUUUUUGGAAUUUCAGCGGAGAUGCGGAAGCUAUGCCCAAAUUUUGAAUUUUUAUAGAAAAACUUAUAUUUUUAAUUACAAAAUUCAAUUUUUUAUUCCAGGCUGCCAAACAACAACUGCGCCCCCAUUGGAAAAUCGAAGUAUUGGAUUUGGUAAGUAUUUUUUAUAAAAAAAGAGAACUUCUGGAAUAUCCAAAAAGAAACUAAUAAAAUUUAGAAUUUUCUUGAUUUUCUUUUUUUUUAAUUAGAAAAUCAUGAAAACUCUGGAUUUUAUUAGUUAUUUUUUGGAAUUUCAGCGGAGAUGCGGAAGCUAUGCCCAAAUUUUGAAUUUUUAUAGAAAAACUUAUAUUUUUAAUUACAAAAUUCAAUUUUUUAUUCCAGGCUGCCAAUCAACAAAACGGCACCCAUUGGAAAAUCGAAGUAUUGGAUUUGGUAAGUAUUUAUUAUAAAAUAAAAGAGAAUUUCUGGAAUAUCCAAAAAGAAACUAAUAAAAUUUAGAAUUUUCUUGAUUUUCUUUUUUUUUCAACUAGAAAAUCUUGAAAAUUCUGGAUUUUAUUAGUUAUUUUUUGGAAUUUCAGCGGAGAUGCGGAAGCUAUGCCCAAAUUUUGAAUUUUUAUAGAAAAACUUAUAUUUUUAAUUACAAAAUUCAAUUUUUUAUUCCAGGCUGCCAAACAACAACUGCGCCCCAUAGGAAAAUCGAAGUAUUGGAUUUGGUAAGUAUUUUUUAUAAAAAAAAAAAGAGAACUUCUGGAAUAUCCAAAAAGAAACUAGUAAAAUUUAGAAUUUUCUCGAUUUUCUUUUUUUUUCAAUUAGAAAAUCUUGAAAAUUCUGGAUUUUAUUAGUUAUUUUUUGGAAUUUCAGCGGAGAUGCGGAAGCUAUGCCCAAAUUUUGAAUUUUUAUAGAAAAACUUAUAUUUUUAAUUACAAAAUUCAAUUUUUUAUUCCAGGCUGCCAAACAACAACUGCGCCCCAUUGGAAAAUCGAAGUAUUGGAUUUGGUAAGUAUUUUUUAUAAAAAAAAAGAGAACUUCUGGAAUAUCCAAAAAGAAACUAGUAAAAUUUAGAAUUUUCUCGAUUUUCUUUUUUUUCAAUUAGAAAAUCUUGAAAAUUCUGGAUUUUAUUAGUUAUUUUUUGGAAUUUCAGCGGAGAUGCGGAAGCUAUGCCCAAAUUUUGAAUUUUUAUAGAAAAACUUAUAUUUUUAAUUACAAAAUUCAAUUUUUUAUUCCAGGCUGCCAAUCAACAAUACGGCCCAUUGGACAAAUCACAUUGGCGAUUUGGUAAGUAUUUAUUAUAAAAUGAAAGAGAACUUCUGGAAUAUCCAAAAAGAAACUAAUAAAAUUUAGAAUUUUCUCGAUUUUCUUUUUUUUUAAUUAGAAAAUCAUGAAAACUCUUGAUUUUAUAAGUUAUUUUUGGAAUUUCAGCGGAGAUGCGGAAGCUAUGCCCAAAUUUUGAAUUUUUAUAGAAAAACUUAUAUUUUUAAUUACAAAAUUCAAUUUUUUAUUCCAGGCUGCCAAUCAACAAUACGGCCCAUUGGACAAAUCACAUUGGCGAUUUGGUAAGUAUUUAUUAUAAAAUGAAAGAGAACUUCUGGAAUAUCCAAAAAGAAACUAAUAAAAUUUAGAAUUUUCUUGAUUUUCUUUUUUUUUAAUUAGAAAAUCAUGAAAACUCUGGAUUUUAUUAGUUAUUUUUUGGAAUUUCAGCGGAGAUGCGGAAGCUAUGCCCAAAUUUUGAAUUUUUAUAGAAAAACUUAUAUUUUUAAUUACAAAAUUCAAUUUUUUAUUCCAGGCUGCCAAUCAACAAUACGGCCCCCCAUUGGACAAUCGAAGUAUUGGAUUUGGUAAGUAUUUAUUAUAAAAUAAAAGAGAAUUUCUGGAAUAUCCAAAAAGAAACUAAUAAAAUUUAGAAUUUUCUCGAUUUUCUUUUUUUUCAAUUAGAAAAUCUUGAAAAUUCUGGAUUUUAUUAGUUAUUUUUUGGAAUUUCAGCGGAGAUGCGGAAGCUAUGCCCAAAUUUUGAAUUUUUAUAGAAAAACUUAUAUUUUUAAUUACAAAAUUCAAUUUUUUAUUCCAGGCUGCCAAUCAACAAAACGGCUCCCAUUGGACAAAUCACAUUGGCGAUUUGGUAAGUAUUUAUUAUAAAAUGAAAGAGAACUUCUGGAAUAUCCAAAAAGAAACUAAUAAAAUUUAGAAUUUUCUUGAUUUUCUUUUUUUUAAUUAGAAAAUCAUGAAAACUCUUGAUUUUAUAAGUUAUUUUUUGGAAUUUCAGCGGAGAUGCGGAAGCUAUGCCCAAAUUUUGAAUUUUUAUAGAAAAACUUAUAUUUUUAAUUACAAAAUUCAAUUUUUUAUUCCAGGCUGCCAAUCAACAAAACGGCCCCAUUGGACAAAUCACAUUGGCGAUUUGGUAAGUAUUUAUUAUAAAAUGAAAGAGAACUUCUGGAAUAUCCAAAAAGAAACUAAUAAAAUUUAGAAUUUUCUUGAUUUUCUUUUUUUUAAUUAGAAAAUCAUGAAAACUCUUGAUUUUAUAAGUUAUUUUUUGGAAUUUCAGCGGAGAUGCGGAAGCUAUGCCCAAAUUUUGAAUUUUUAUAGAAAAACUUAUAUUUUUAAUUACAAAAUUCAAUUUUUUAUUCCAGGCUGCCAAUCAACAAAACGGCCCCAUUGGACAAAUCACAUUGGCGAUUUGGUAAGUAUUUAUUAUAAAAUAAAAGAGAAUUUCUGGAAUAUCCAAAAAAGAAACUAAUAAAAUUUAGAAUUUUCUCGAUUUUCUUUUUUUUUUCAAUUAGAAAAUCUUGAAAAUUCUGGAUUUUAUUAGUUAUUUUUUGGAAUUUCAGCGGAGAUGCGGAAGCUAUGCCCAAAUUUUGAAUUUUUAUAGAAAAACUUAUAUUUUUAAUUACAAAAUUCAAUUUUUUAUUCCAGGCUGCCAAUCAACAAAACGGCCCCCAUUGGACAAUCGAAGUAUUGGAUUUGGUAAGUAUUUAUUAUAAAAUAAAAGAGAAUUUCUGGAAUAUCCAAAAAGAAACUAAUAAAAUUUAGAAUUUUCUCGAUUUUCUUUUUUUUUAAUUAGAAAAUCUUGAAAACUCUAGAUUUUAUUAGUUAUUUUUUGGAAUUUCAGCGGAGAUGCGGAAGCUAUGCCCAAAUUUUGAAUUUUUAAUCAAAAACUUAUAUUUUUAAUUACAAAAUUCAAUUUUUUAUUCCAGGCUGCCAAUCAACAAAACGGCACCCAUUGGAAAAUCGAAGUAUUGGAUUUGGUAAGUAUUUAUUAUAAAAUAAAAGAGAAUUUCUGGAAUAUCCAAAAAGAAACUAAUAAAAUUUAGAAUUUUCUCGAUUUUCUUUUUUUUAAUUAGAAAAUCUUGAAAACUCUAGAUUUUAUUAGUUAUUUUUGGAAUUUCAGCGGAGAUGCGGAAGCUAUGCCCAAAUUUUGAAUUUUUAAUCAAAAACUUAUAUUUUUAAUUACAAAAUUCAAUUUUUUAUUCCAGGCUGCCAAUCAACAAAACGGCACCCAUUGGAAAAUCGAAGUAUUGGAUUUGGUAAGUAUUUAUUAUAAAAUAAAAGAGAAUUUCUGGAAUAUCCAAAAAGAAACUAAUAAAAUUUAGAAUUUUCUCGAUUUUCUUUUUUUUUAAUUAGAAAAUCUUGAAAACUCUAGAUUUUAUUAGUUAUUUUUUGGAAUUUCAGCGGAGAUGCGGAAGCUAUGCCCAAAUUUUGAAUUUUUAAUCAAAAACUUAUAUUUUUAAUUACAAAAUUCAAUUUUUUAUUCCAGGCUGCCAAUCAACAAAACGGCCCCCAUUGGAAAAUCGAAGUAUUGGAUUUGGUAAGUAUUUAUUAUAAAAUAAAAGAGAAUUUCUGGAAUAUCCAAAAAGAAACUAAUAAAAUUUAGAAUUUUCUCGAUUUUCUUUUUUUUCAAUUAGAAAAUCUUGAAAAUUCUGGAUUUUAUUAGUUAUUUUUUGGAAUUUCAGCGGAGAUGCGGAAGCUAUGCCCAAAUUUUGAAUUUUUAUAGAAAAACAUAUUUUUAAUUACAAAAUUCAAUUUUUUAUUCCAGGCUGGCAAUCAACAAAACGGCCCCCCAUUGGACAAUCGAAGUAUUGGAUUUGGUAAGUAUUUAUUAUAAAAUAAAAGAGAAUUUCUGGAAUAUCCAAAAAGAAACUAAUAAAAUUUAGAAUUUUCUCGAUUUUCUUUUUUUUUAAUUAGAAAAUCUUGAAAACUCUAGAUUUUAUUAGUUAUUUUUUGGAAUUUCAGCGGAGAUGCGGAAGCUAUGCCCAAAUUUUGAAUUUUUAUAGAAAAACUUAUAUUUUUAAUUACAAAAUUCAAUUUUUUAUUCCAGGCUGCCAAUCAACAAAACGGCCCCAUUGGACAAUUCACAUUGGCGAUUUGGUAAGUAUUUAUUAUAAAAUGAAAGAGAAUUUCUGGAAUAUCCAAAGAGAAACUAAUAAAAUUCAGAAUUUUCUUGAUUUUCUUUUUUUUUAAUUAGAAAAUCAUGAAAACUCUGGAUUUUAUUAGUUAUUUUUUGGAAUUUCAGCGGAGAUGCGGAAGCUAUGCCCAAAUUUUGAAUUUUUAUAGAAAAACUUAUAUUUUUAAUUACAAAAUUCAAUUUUUUAUUCCAGGCUGCCAAUCAACAAAACGGCCCCCCAUUGGACAAUCGAAGUAUUGGAUUUGGUAAGUAUUUAUUAUAAAAUAAAAGAGAAUUUCUGGAAUAUCCAAAAAGAAACUAAUAAAAUUUAGAAUUUUCUUGAUUUUCUUUUUUUUUAAUUAGAAAAUCAUGAAAACUCUUGAUUUUAUAAGUUAUUUUUUGGAAUUUCAGCGGAGAUGCGGAAGCUAUGCCCAAAUUUUGAAUUUUUAUAGAAAAACUUAUAUUUUUAAUUACAAAAUUCAAUUUUUUAUUCCAGGCUGCCAAUCAACAAAACGGCCCCAUUGGACAAAUCACAUUGGCGAUUUGGUAAGUAUUUAUUAUAAAAUGAGAGAGAACUUCUGGAAUAUCCAAAAAGAAACUAAUAAAAUUUAGAAUUUUCUUGAUUUUCUUUUUUUAAUUAGAAAAUCAUGAAAACUCUUGAUUUUAUAAGUUAUUUUUUGGAAUUUCAGCGGAGAUGCGGAAGCUAUGCCCAAAUUUUGAAUUUUUAUAGAAAAACUUAUAUUUUUAAUUACAAAAUUCAAUUUUUUAUUCCAGGCUGCCAAUCAACAAAACGGCCCCAUUGGACAAAUCACAUUGGCGAUUUGGUAAGUAUUUAUUAUAAAAUAAAAGAGAAUUUCUGGAAUAUCCAAAAAGAAACUAAUAAAAUUUAGAAUUUUCUCGAUUUUCUUUUUUUUUCAAUUAGAAAAUCUUGAAAAUUCUGGAUUUUAUUAGUUAUUUUUUGGAAUUUCAGCGGAGAUGCGGAAGCUAUGCCCAAAUUUUGAAUUUUUAUAGAAAAACUUAUAUUUUUAAUUACAAAAUUCAAUUUUUUAUUCCAGGCUGCCAAUCAACAAAACGGCCCCCAUUGGACAAUCGAAGUAUUGGAUUUGGUAAGUAUUUUUUAUAAAAAAAAAGAGAACUUCUGAAAUAUCCAAAAAGAAACUAAUAAAAUUUAGAAUUUUCUUGAUUUUCUUUUUUUUCAAUUAGAAAAUCUUGAAAAUUCUGGAUUUUAUUAGUUAUUUUUUGGAAUUUCAGCGGAGAUGCGGAAGCUAUGCCCAAAUUUUGAAUUUUUAAUCAAAAACUUAUAUUUUCUUAUCAAAAAUUCAAUUUUUAUUCCAGGCUGGCAAUCAACAAUACGGCCCCAUUGGACAAUUCACAUUGGCGAUUUGGUAAGUAUUUAUUAUAAAAUGAAAGAGAACUUCUGGAAUAUCCAAAGAGAAACUAAUAAAAUUCAGAAUUUUCUUGAUUUUCUUUUUUUUUAAUUAGAAAAUCAUGAAAACUCUGGAUUUUAUUAGUUAUUUUUUGGAAUUUCAGCGGAGAUGCGGAAGCUAUGCCCAAAUUUUGAAUUUUUAUAGAAAAACUUAUAUUUUUAAUUACAAAAUUCAAUUUUUUAUUCCAGGCUGCCAAUCAACAAAACGGCCCCAUUGGACAAAUCACAUUGGCGAUUUGGUAAGUAUUUAUUAUAAAAUGAAAGAGAACUUCUGGAAUAUCCAAAAAGAAACUAAUAAAAUUUAGAAUUUUCUUGAUUUUCUUUUUUUUUAAUUAGAAAAUCAUGAAAAUUCUGGAUUUUAUUAGUUACUUUUUGGAAUUUCAGCGGAGAUGCGGAAGCUAUGCCCAAAUUUUGAAUUUUUAUAGAAAAACUUAUAUUUUUAAUUACAAAAUUCAAUUUUUUAUUCCAGGCUGGCAAUCAACAAUACGGCCCCAUUGGACAAAUCACAUUGGCGAUUUGGUAAGUAUUUAUUAUAAAAUGAAAGAGAACUUCUGAAAUAUCCAAAAAGAAACUAAUAAAAUUCAGAAUUUUCUUGAUUUUCUUUUUUUUUAAUUAGAAAAUCUUGAAAACUCUAGAUUUUAUUAGUUAUUUUUUGGAAUUUCAGCGGAGAUGCGGAAGCUAUGCCCAAUUUUUGAAUUUUUAUAGAAAAACUUAUAUUUUCUUAUCAAAAAUUCAAUUUUUUAUUCCAGGGCACCAAUCGAUCAAAACGGCCCCCAUUGGACAAUCGAAGUAUUGGAUUUGGUAAGUAUUUUUUAUAAAAAAAAAGAGAACUUCUGGAAUAUCCAAAAAGAAACUAAUAAAAUUUAGAAUUUUCUUGAUUUUCUUUUUUUUCAAUUAGAAAAUCUUGAAAAUUCUGGAUUUUAUUAGUUAUUUUUUGGAAUUUCAGCGGAGAUGCGGAAGCUAUGCCCAAAUUUUGAAUUUUUAAUCAAAAACUUAUAUUUUCUUAUCAAAAAUUCAAUUUUUAUUCCAGGGCACCAAUCGAUCAAAACGGCCCCCAUUGGACAAUCGAAGUAUUGGAUUUGGUAAGUAUUUUUUAUAAAAAAAGAGAACUUCUGAAAUAUCCAAAAAGAAAAUAAUAAAAUUUAGAAUUUUCUUGAUUUUCUUUUUUUUCAAUUAGAAAAUCUUGAAAAUUCUGGAUUUUAUUAGUUAUUUUUUGGAAUUUCAGCGGAGAUGCGGAAGCUAUGCCCAAUUUUUUGAAUUUUUAUAGAAAAACUUAUAUUUUCUUAUCAAAAAUUCAAUUUUUUAUUCCAGGGCACCAAUCGAUCAAAACGGCCCCCAUUGGACAAUCGAAGUAUUGGAUUUGGUAAGUAUUUUUUAUAAAAAAAGAGAACUUCUGGAAUAUCCAAAAAGAAACUAAUAAAAUUUAGAAUUUUCUUGAUUUUCUUUUUUUCAAUUAGAAAAUCUUGAAAAUUCUGGAUUUUAUUAGUUAUUUUUUGGAAUUUCAGCGGAGAUGCGGAAGCUAUGCCCAAAUUUUGAAUUUUUAUAGAAAAACUUAUAUUUUUAAUUACAAAAUUCAAUUUUUUAUUCCAGGCUGGCAAUCAACAAAACGGCCCCCAUUGGACAAUCGAAGUAUUGGAUUUGGUAAGUAUUUUUUAUAAAAAAAGAGAACUUCUGAAAUAUCCAAAAAGAAACUAAUAAAAUUUAGAAUUUUCUUGAUUUUCUUUUUUUUUUAAUUAGAAAAUCUUGAAAAUUCUGGAUUUUAUUAGUUAUUUUUUGGAAUUUCAGCAGAGAUGCGGAAGCUAUGCCCAAAUUUUGAAUUUUUAAUCAAAAACUUGAAUUUUGAAAACAAAUGUUCAAAAAAAAAAAGAUUUUUACCAAUUAAAUAACAAUUUUUCAGAUCGAAUCUACGACAAAGUUUAAAUCUCCAGGUGGCCUCAAAGACGGUGAGUAAAUAAAAAGUAACUCAAAAUUCCACAUAGUGUAAAUUUUACUAAUUCAAAUCACUAGACCCCCAAUUUUUCAAUUAUUUUUCGUGGUAGAUCAAACACAUUUUGUUCUCUAAAUCUCUCUUUUUUGCGUUAUAUUUCGUCAAUUUUUCUAGAAAAUUGCGAAAAUGUUUGGAUUGUAAAUUACUGUAUUUUUUUAAAAGUACACGUUGUGAAAUCUGGAAUUUCAUGUUCGAAAAAUGAUAAAAUUCAGACAUUUUUCGAUUUUUCAGGUCGAUUUUCUUCCAACUUUGCUGAAAAUCCAUCAACUCGAAGAUUCUGGAACUCGUAUUUAAUUGUAUUAUGA